AUGGAGUCACCAGCGCGACGUCGUCUUGUUAUCCUUUCUUCUCACAUCAACCCACCCGCGGAAAUUUUGUGGCCCGUUUCUCCUCUUUUAGCUUCAACUUCUGCUUCUGAAAAUGGCGAGAAGGAUAAUUACAGCAAAAGUGAUUGUGUUUUUUGUAAUAUUAUUCAAGGGGGAGCGCCUGCUUUAAAGGUAUAUGAAGACGAUGUAUGCCUAUGUAUUUUGGAUUCUAAUCCAUUGUGUCAUGGGCACUCGCUAAUUAUCCCAAAACGUCAUUUUUCUUCAUUGGAUGCUACUCCUCCAUCAAUUAUAGGGGCCAUGUGUUCAAAAGUACCUUUGAUUAGCAAUGCAGUCAUGAAAGCCACUGGCUGUGAUGCAUUCAACUUGCUAGUUAACAAUGGUGCUGCUGCCAGCCAAGUUGUAUUCCAUACUCACAUUCAUAUAAUUCCUCGUAAAGCACAUGAUUGUUUGUGGGCCUCUGAGAGUCUGAGGCGGCGCCCACUAAAAUUAGACCAAGAGGCUGCACAUUUCGCAAAGUGCAUUCGUGACAAUUUAACAUUUUUGAACGACCUUGAAGCUAUCAAGGUUCAAGGGCCAAGCAUCCAGUCUCGUGCGGAACUAGAGAGAUGA